AUGGCCGCCUUGAACUGCGGAAUCGUAACCUUUCACAAGCAUCAAAGGGACGGCUCGGCGCCUAGAAGCCGGUGGUGGCGGCGGCGGCGCAUCCUCCAGAUGUCCCAGAUUGUGACGCUGGAGGUAAACAUGAUUGGUCACCUCUACCUUUGCCUUGGACUUGCAGCAGCGGCGGCAUAUACCAUGCGCAUGUACCUGCUGUCUCUGUUUGCCUGUGCUGCUGCCGUCUCCUCUCUCACUACUGCACCGAUGGCACCCACCUGCAGCGCUUUGCAGCCUGAGGUGUCUCGUCUGUCGCUGCACCGCAUCGCACGACUGCUGUGCUUCCCAAAAAGCACCGUUUCGGCCCUUGGCCGCCUGUCGUUAGAGGGGCUUUGCCUGAUCGGAUCGAUUGGCGGUGAGGGAGGACAGGUGCAGAGUCGCACUGCGGUUCGUGACGCCGGGAUGUUGGCUGGCUUUGUCGGCCUGCCUCCCCCCUGCCUGCUCGAACGAUGCCUGCCUGCCGGCUGCUGGAUGCACAUGUCAAAUUACCCUGAUGCAACGGGACAAGAUUCACAUGCCUCCAGGGAGACAAGUGGGACAAUGGAGAGGCUCAGAGGAGACGCCAUGCGAGAAGAUUGGUGCGCGGCUGCGGGCGAGACCUAA